AUGCUUCCAAGUUCCGCAGCUUCGAGCACCCCAUUCUCUGUCAAGGAUAUUUUAAACCUCGAACAUCGCCAUGAAAAGCAUUGGAUCCUAGAUCAUGCGGGCGCAACUUCGGAUGUCCUGCCUUCCUCUUGUAUGUUGGAGCAAGCGUAUCAACCCAAAUACACCGGGUUCCCGGGUCUUGGCAAUGAACUGGUCAAACCUCCUGUCCACAAGAGCAAUGCGGCAUUUCCAGCCGGUGUGAGUGUGACUGAGAACCCGAACUGCAGCGAGGCACGGAUGGAGAUCGCCACUCACAGCAACAGCCCAGAACGAAAGUCGAUGGAUAAAAAGACGUCCCGCGAAGCCAGGAGGGGCGACGCUGUUGCAGGUUCUGGGAGGAGAGCUCGGCGCAAACCGAGAGUGCUGUUCUCUCAGGCCCAGGUCUACGAGCUGGAGAGACGCUUUAAGCAGCAAAGGUACCUGUCCGCCCCAGAAAGAGAUCAUCUGGCAAAUGUGUUGAAACUGACAUCGACGCAGGUCAAGAUCUGGUUCCAGAACCGCAGGUACAAAUGCAAGCGGCAGCGACAGGAUAAACACUUGGAAUUGGGAGCAGCGCCUCCAGCUCCUCGCCGGGUUGCUGUGCCUGUGCUGGUCAGGGACGGGAAACCUUGCCUCGGAGCAUCCCCUCCUUACAGUUCACCCUACAAUGUCAGCGUGGCGCCCUACAGCUACAGUAUUUACCCCACUUAUCCCAACUACAGCACUGGUAGCUGUGACGGAGACUACAGCUGCAUGUAUCCCAGUGUGGCUACCAUGCAGCAGACCGCUCCUGCCAGUUCCUUCCUCAACAUGGGCAUGAAUUUUAAUGUUGGCAACGAAAAUUACUCGGCAGCGCAGUCUCAGGCUCAUCAAACCCCCGGAGUCUCGGCUCUGCAAGGUCCCUUGCAUGGAAUCCGAACUUGGUAA